AUGGCUCUCCGCAGCGUCAAAAGCCUCGCUCCCCUCCUGGACCGCGUCCUCGUCCAGAGAAUUAAGGCCGAAGCCAAGACUGCUUCUGGCAUCUUCCUCCCUGAGAGCUCUGUGAAAGAACUCAAUGAGGCCCAAGUCUUGGCUGUAGGACCUGGGGCUCUUGACAAAAAUGGCAAGAGAAUCUCAGUGAGCGUAAAUGUUGGCGACAGGGUCCUCAUUCCUCAGAACGUCAACUAUAAAGCAAUUGCAAACAAGUGGCUGUUCAAUCUCUAA